AUGCCCAUCACAAUCGGCCACGAAUUCAGUGGUGAGAUCCUCGAGAUCGGCUCCUCGGCCGACAACCCGCAGGGUCUCAAAGUCGGGGACAAAGUCGCCGUCCAACCCACAAUCGCUUGUUUCGACAAAUGCGGCCCCUGCGAAGAAGGAUAUCUCAACUGCUGCGACGCGGCCGGGUUUGUCGGCCUGAGCGGCGGAGGCGGGGGCAUGAGUGAUGCUGUGUCCGUGGACGCGGCGUUCGUGUUCAAACUGCCCGAGCACAUUGGACUGGAUGUGGGCGCGUUGGUAGAGCCGCUCGCUGUGGCGUGGCACGCAGUCGAUCAGUAUCCCCUCAAGGCGGGCGACUCGGCCCUCGUCAUGGGCGCCGGCCCGAUCGGCCUAGGAGUGAUUCAGUGCCUCAAAGCCCGCGGUGCGGGGACCAUCAUUGUCGUUGAAAUCGCCCGCCAGAGACAAGAGUACGCGAAGCAGUUUGGGGCAACGCACCUCAUUGAUCCGAGGAACGAGGAUACUGUCAAGAGAGCAAAGGAGAUCACGGGAGGGCUGGGGCCCCAUGUUGCGCUUGAUGCGGCGGGCGUGCCGGCCAGUUUGAGGGACGCCUGUUUGGCUGUCAGGGCAAGGGGCACGGUCGUCAAUCUGGCCAUCUGGGAAAAGGAGGUGCCCUUCCAACCAAAUAAUCUCGUGUUCGGAGAGAAGAAGUAUCUGGCCAUUCUCGGGUACCUACAGGCGGAUUUUGCGGGCGUCAUCAAGGCCCUUGACGAGGGCUCACUACAGCCCGCGAACAUGAUUACCAGCAAGAUCAAGAUCGACCGAGUCGUCGAGGAUGGAUAUAGAGCCUUGAUCGAUGAAAAGGACAAGCAUGUCAAGAUCUUGGUCGAUUGCAGGGCGUAG